GCGACACGCGUUUAAUUUAAUUAUAUUCAUAACUCGAAACGCAAUUAUGUAAAUUCCUUGCCGCUGUCGUUUCGUUCUGCGUGUAAGAAGUGUAAUCGAUUAAAAAUGACAAAAAUUGAUAAAUGAAAUAUACAUUACUGUAUCGUUAUUUUGUUAUUCUCAUUAUGUAUUAUUUAAUGCUUAUAAUUAUGUAUAUUUCACUAUCACAAACGAAAAAGUUUUCUAAUUCUUUAUGGUACAUUGAAGAGAUCUUUUUUCCUCUCUCUUAUACUUACAUCUUAUCAUAAAUUGUGUGUUUUACAUAUUUUUCAACAUCGUAACAAACUUUUCUUACAAAAGUUUCUUUAUGUAUUCGCUGAAGCAUGCAUCCCUAUUAAAGUAAAAUGACAUUUAUCCUUUCUUGAUAUUUUAUAAAAAUAAAUUUCUCAGUUCUUCGUAAAUAUAAAUAAAUAUUAACAAAUCAAUUUAAAGUUGAAUGUAGAUUAUACAUAUGCAAAUAAGGGAAUCAUAUCGAGUUGCUGCAUAAGUAACUUCUUAUCGAAUGCAAAACCAGAUUCUUAUUGUUUCCGUAGUAGGUACUUGCCUCAAAUACAAUGUCAUCGUGGAAAAGUAUAAUAAACAUAAUUCAAUUAAUCCCGUGCUGAAUAAUGUUCGUCUCAAGGAUCGUGUAAUUACAUACUUCACUUGUAUCACUCUACAGGUUCGUCCCAAACGACAAAUUCAGUACAACUGCAAUAAUAGUGUGUUACAUAUAAAUACAACAGGAACUCGCACACCUGCCAUUUCCAUUACAAGAAAUUAAUUUAAUUCUCUAAACAGGUAUCUUCACGAACUAUCGUGCAACGUACAAACGGAACGCGAGUCAUAGAUCGUUCGUGAGCUUCGUCGCGGCGUGACUUUAUCUGGCUCGCAAAUUCCUGAGAUUACCGCAUAAUCUUCUCGCAGCCGACUAAUUGGAAUGGAUUAAUGGUUCUGUGUGGGAAGUUCGGUGGUCCGACGUGUACACAGGCAAACGCAUUGGAAUAAGAAUGAACCGAAUCUCUAUUGAUUCACCUGGAAACCAAAUCGAUAUCCGUACGAGGCACAGGGGCUCACUUCGUUGCAGAUCGGCCAACUUUCGUCGGAUCAACGGAGAGACCAGUCAGACUCGCCGAAUCGACCAUCGAAAAAUUCUCCAGUUCGAGCUGCGCGUUUAUGGCGAUCAUCACGUUCCCUUCUUUCGACCAUUUAAUUUCAAAUUUUAGCUUCAUCCUGCGUGAGUAAUCGUUUUCUGUGAUAUUUCGAUUCGAUAAAGUACACUUGAAGAAACAAUUAAAUAUAUUAAUUAUUCUAAACACUUUGCAAGAUCUUUGACUUGUGUAAUUGUUUAUACAGUUUUUAUGAAUUUUUCGACCAUUGAAUUGAAAUUAGAAAAUGAGAAUUGCUUGGAUCUCAUUCAUAAAUGAUUCAUAGGUAAAUGAUUUUUUAAAAAAAAAGUCGAUAUUUUUGUGUGAAUUCGUAGUUUAUGUAUCACGAUGACUAGUCAGGAAGGAGAGAAAAUUGUGGAUACGGAAAAUGACCUGGAUCAUGAUAAAGAAGAGCUUACGACCGAAGCGAAGGAAGAUAUUUCUGCAGCGAAACCACGUGCUAAGAGAUAUCUCACGAAACAUAUGAAAUUAUAUCCGGAAUUGUAUAGAAGCGAUGUCUCGAUACAUCCAAGUUAUACUACUCUUAAAAAUCUACCUUAUUACGUGGUCUGCCGACGACGUGUACAGAGGACCAAGAAGCAGAUCAAGCGUCAGCUGAACCGCGAUAUCAUGCACUUUGCGAUGAUGCAGUUGUUCGCCAUCGAUAGCGUCAGGAUCGACCGUAUAUUCAGCGUCGGGAUGCCACCGAAGACAUUGAUUGUCCCCGAUUUGCUAACCGUGAACGAAAGACGUCACAUCAACGAGCUUCUUCGUGACACAUAACGAAACAGCAUCUCAU